AUGCCACAGGUAUCGCGCUCUCCUAAGAGGAAACGUGUGAGACGGUACUUUUCCGCUUCUGCCGCAACCGGCGCACGAUGGAACCCCAAGCCAGCGUCCGCUUCGAGGACCCGGAGCCAUCGACGAAGCUCUGCAGCGUCCAGCGACGACGAAGCGUACGACCUCUCCCCGACACAUACACAUCAUGAACUUCACUCCGAUGACGAGAAUACAUUUCGGUUCUCAGAGAUUGCCAAUGCCUUCCCACCCUCCGAACAGCAUGCGCAGACUGCUCAUGCUCCCCGUCAACCGCUGGCAUAUGCCUCCCUACCGCCCACACCUCUGUCACCAUCACCGCCGCUUCCUCCAACGCCUUCUCUAUCGGCACCGCUGCCCUCCUUCCCCAGUCUGGAUAGCUUCUAUGAGCCGCCGUUCUCAAUAUGGGACUACCUCCGCGAAGAGCUGCUCGCCACAGACUUCGACUCCCAUCAAGAGCUGAAAUGGGAAAGGGUCAGUAACUUCCUCAGUAUGCCUAUAGCGAUGGAGAAGAUAUUCUUCUUCGGGUUCAUCGUCUGCCUAGAUUCCUUCAUGUAUACCUUUACCAUCUUGCCCAUACGAUUCUUGCUCGCAUUCUGGAGACUCAUCAUCAACACCUUCUCCACCACCCCCCUACCGCUCCCUCCGUCUCAGAAAGCCGACAUUCUGCGAGCGAUGCUCCUCGUGGUGUCGGUUGUGAUACUGGCGCCGAUGACUGACGCCAGUAAGAUAUACCACUUUAUUCGAGGGCAGGAUACCAUCAAACUGUAUGUGAUCUUCAACGCACUAGAAAUUGCAGACCGUCUUUGCGCCUCCAUAGGCCAGGACAUCAUCGAUUGCCUGUUCUCUCGGUCUACCCUGGAAGUAAUAUCACAUAGGAAGCGACCAACAUCGCAUUCACUACGACCAUUCUUCUACUUCCUCCUGGCAGUGUCGUAUACUGUCGCACAUGCGCUUGUCAUGAUAUACCAGAUGAUAUGCCUGAAUGUGGCUGUCAACUCGUACGACAACGCCCUCCUGACGCUGCUCGUCUCGAACCAGUUUGUCGAGAUCAAGGGGAGCGUCUUCAAGAAGUUUGAGAAGGACAACCUUUUCCAGAUCACCUGUGCAGACAUCGUGGAACGAUUCACGCUUGUCCUGAUGCUCAUCGUGGUGGCCUUCCGGAACCUGAUCGAGCUGUCUGGCUCGACCUUCGACUUCAGCGAGGGCUUCACGCUCCCGAAAAGCUUUGGGUGGUUCCGCGGGAACAACGUCCUCUGGACGAUCUCCUACCCUGUUCUCACUGUUCUAGCGUCAGAGACCCUCGUCGACUGGCUCAAGCACGCAUUCAUCACCAAGUUCAACCACAUCCGCCCCUCCGUAUACGAGCGAUACACCGACGUGCUCUGCCGCGACCUCUCCAGCGGCAGCGCAGUCAGCCGACGUGGCGCUCAGAAGCACACAUACGUGGACCAAUCGCCCCUCGUCGCCCGGCGCCUCGGCUUCGCCUCCCAGCCGCUCGCGGUCCUCGCCGUGCUCAUCGGCACGCAGUCCAUCGUGCUCUUCAUCUCGAUGCACGCGGACGAGUCCUCGCCGUGGCUCCGCCCGUGGGAGGCGUACACGCCCGACGACUGGAUCAACGUCGCGAAGUGGGGCGCGCUCGCGGUGCUCUUCUGGGCAUGCUUCCUGGUGGUCAAGAUCAUCCUGGGCGUGCAGCUGCUCACGUACGCGACGCGGCGGCGCGCGGGGAUGGAGGCGCGCGAGGAGGCGGACAAGAUUAACGAUUUUGGGCGGAAUCCCAUUGGGGAAGGUCAGGAGGAGCAGGCAUACAACAAGGAGCUCAAGACUCUACUGGACAGCAGGCAUGACGACGCGGUGCCGGUCGCGGAGAUCGGCGAGCGCAAGCCCGGGCGGGACGGGGACAAGGACGGAGGCAAGCGGAAGAGGUUGCCUCUGGAGGAGAUUACGAGAUUCACGAUGGUGAAACGUAUAUGGUGA